ACGUUCGACACCGUUGGGCGGAAACUCGGAUGAGACAUCUAGCCUUUGUAUAUAUAUAUAUAUCUAUGGUUGUGGCUGGUGUUUCCGGUCAAUCUGUUGUUGUCGCUGGUGUUUCCGGUAGUGUUUCCGGUCGGUUUGUUGUUGUGGCUGGUGUUUCCGGUCGGUCUGUUGUUGUCGCUGGUGUUUCCGGUAGUGUUUCCGGUCGGUUUGUUGUUGUCGCUGGUGUUUCCGGUAGUGUUUCCGGUCGGUUUGUUGUUGUCGCUGGUGUUGCCGGUAGUGUUUCCGGUCGGUUUGUUGUUGUGGCUGGUGUUUCCGGUCGGUCUGUUGUUGUCGCUGGUGUUUCCGGUAGUGUUUCCGGUCGGUUUGUUGUUGUCGCUGGUGUUUCCGGUGCAGCAGCGGAUCACGAUGAGCAAACUGCCGCAGCUCAGCUCCAUCCUGUCGCAGCGGCUCGGCGCGCUGCUCCGGGACGUCCUGGACGUGGUGGAGGACGCGGUGACCGAGUACCGGGAGGAGGCGGCCAGGACCCGGCGGGAGAACGACAGCCUGCGGAGACAGCUGCGGGACAUCCUGCUGCUGGGGACCGACACCGACUGGCUGAGAUCCAGGUCCAGUCUCGGUUUGGAGGCUCCUGAGCAGCAGCUCACGGGUCCAGAUCCAAGGCCGCGCUCAGAGGAGCCGGACUCCUCCCUGAAGCAGCCUCACAAGCACAUCGUGUCCGUGCAGCUGCUGUCCGUCCAGAACCGAACGCCCCCCAGGAAGACUCUGCUCCCCAGGAACCAGGACCCCGCUGAGGCCUGGGAGCCAGAGCUGAAGCCCGAUCCUCAGCAGGAGGAGAGCAGCCAGGCGUCACCACGUCCUCGAGACUCCACCUUCAAUCUUCCCUCCGCCUCCGCCGCCAAAAACCACGUUGAGCUCCCAGCGUGCAGAGAAGAGCCACGAGUUCCUGCUGUGAUCAAAACGGAACCUCAGGAGUUCAGCGUGAGUGAAGAUGAAGGUCACACCGAGGACGGGUCGAAGCUCAGUACCACAGACACAGACCGGGCAGGCCGACAUGAAGCUCGUGGAAACAAGAAGCCCUCUCAGGACAGGUUAACGGCUCCGGCUGAUGAUGGAGCACUAGCUGGUUAUCACUCGGAGCUCGUCCAUCGCUGCCCCCGCUGUGGCGAGGCGUUUGGCCAGGCUAACAGUCUCCGCCUCCACCUGGAGCAGAGACAAAAGCCCUACGCCUGCGACUGGUGCUGCAAGUCCUUCGCGCAGUCGGCCGACCUGCGGCGCCACCUGCGCACACACACGGGCGAGAGGCCGCACUGCUGCACCUUCUGCUCCAAGAGCUUCAGCCAGCGAGGAAACCUGCGGCGCCACCUGAGGAUCCACACGGGCGAGCGGCCGUACAGCUGCCCGUUCUGCUGCCGCACCUUCAGCGACGGAGACACCAUGAAGAAACACAAGCGCACACAUUCAGGAGAGAAACCCUACCGCUGCGUCCGGUGCUCCAGGACCUUCACCACGGCCAGCGGCCUACAGAUUCACUUAAAGAAGGACAUGUGCCUCGUGGCCAACGCCUGAUUGGACAGGAGGAAGUGAUGCUGCUGGGACGAGGCGUGUGGCUGCAGUUGAGGGGGGGGGUUGCACGCCGCUGAAAACAAAACCCUCUGUGCAGAUGAGAUGUUUCCUGUUGUGUUUUCCUAGACACACAAACACAUCGGUCUUCAUUGGUUGGUUUUCUGCCUCCUUCCUGCACGAGCGUCUGACUUGGGAACUCGUCUGAUUGGUUGAAAGGACAGAUCAGGCAGCCAAUGAGUGAGCAGGAGUCAUUUCUUUGCAUUGCUGUGGAUCGGGACGAGUUGUGCUUCUCGGCAGCUUCACAGCUUUACUGACUGAUGCUGUUCAAGCCUUUGUGUUAAUUUAUUUAUAUUUAUUUUUUUAUGUCAACUAAACCCUGGAGAGGAUGAUUCAGCUGAAAUGAAAAGUGAUUUGAAGGAAAAAAGUUUGACUGUAACUUGAGAAUCGAGGAAUAUUUCACAUUUUCUUUCUCACGACUGAAACGGAGGGAAUCUGUUUCUCCUCAGCUCAGAAAUGAAUCUGUGUACAGGAUGAUUGACAGUAACGUCUCUUUAACUCUGAGUUAGUAGAAGAAAUCUUUCCUAUAAACAGGAAGACGUCACUGUGAACUGAGUUAUUCUAGUUUCUUGGAAUAGCAGUAACUAUAUCUGCUCUGUAUUAUGGAUUUUAACAUUAUGAAUACGUUUCUCUGGGUCUGAUCACGAUUUGUUAGUGUAAAACUAACAUGAACUGGGAAACAGCAGAGUGACCACUAGAGGUCAGUGGUGUCCCUAAUAUAAUGUUGACUCGGUGCGUGUGUGCCUGUGUGUGUGUGUGUGUGUGUGUGUGUGUGUGUGUGUGUGUGUGUGUGUGUGUGUGUGUGUGUGUGUGUGUGUGUGUGUGUGUGUGUGUGUGUGUGUGUGUGUGUGUGUGUGUGUGUGUGUGUGUGUGUGUGUGUGUGUGUGUGUGUGUGUGUGUGUGUGUGUGUGUGUGUCGUCUUCACGCUGAUGAAGUCCUGCUUCUGGCUGCUGCUAAGUUAAGAUGAAUAUUAUUUAUUUUGUCAGAGUUUGACGACUGUGAAGACACAUGAAGGAGUCACAGUGUGAAUGUGUCCAUCGUCUCUGCAGAUUGUCUCAUUUUCAAUAUUUUGUAAUCAUGUAAAACAUUUUGUGUUUUUAGGCAAAAUAAAUGUUGAGUGAAAACGCGUGCAUCUAAACUAUUGAUUAAUUUAAGUGGCUGGUUUCAGUUUGAUUAUGUAAAAUAUAUACA